AUGAUGAUGGACUGUGACGACCAACCGCAGCAGCACCGAAUGACAUAUCACACGCUGGACUAUGACCGCCUCCUGGAGGUGUCCACGGUCAAGUCCAAUGUGUUCAAGAACAUAGUGGAGGCCCUGAAGGUAGUCAUCACAGAGGCCAACCUGAUUUUCACACCCGAGGGGAUCCGGCUGGCUUCCGUGGAUACCCGCAAGUACGCCCUGAUCCAUCUGGGGAUCGACAGGGACGCCUUUGAGAUCUACCACGUCCCACACAAAGUGGUCGUGGGCCUGGACAUGAUCCAUCUCCACAAGAUCUUCCGCACGAUCGUGGCCAAUGACACCCUGACGUUCUUUGUGGACAAGUCCAACACCUCCAAGCUCGGCUUGCUAAUCAAAAACUCGGAGCGGAAGGCGGUCAACAAGUUUAUGAUCCCGAUGCUGCAGCUGCCAGAGUACGCUGUCUGCGACAUCCGCGAGUUUGAGCAUGCUCCGCCCGAGAUCCACAGUGGGGACUUUCAAAAGAUCUGCCGGGACAUUGCCUCCAUGGGGACGGAGGUUAUUGACAUCACCCUGUUCAAGAAGCAGCUGAUCUUCAGCAGCCGCGAGAGCGUGAUCGAGCAUGAGGUCCAUGUCGAUGUGCUGAACCACACGGCGAUGGGCGGAACCGGGGCGGAGACGGACAUUAUCCAAGGGACUUUCUUCCUCAAGUUUCUGGUGGGGUUCUCCAAGGCGGUGCACUUAUCUCCGCGGGUCCGCGUGAUGAUACAGAACAGCUGCCCGCUCAUACUAGAAUACCAGAUCGAAGCUCUGGCAAAGUCAUCCCUGAAGUACGUCUUGAGCCCCGUCAAGACGGGGGACAUGGGCGGGGCUGUCUGACCGCGCUAAUCUCCGCCCGCGAAGGGGGAAGGCCAGCCGCACCGAUCGCCGCGCAUGGCCAGCGCGACCUCCCGGACUCGGACAGGGAGCCCCACAUAAAAGCCGCAUCCACCGGCCUCCAGCAGCACCACACCACCAUCGACCAACGCACUCCAUUGAGCACUCUUCCACCAUUCAGCACCUUCAUCGCUACUACCAGCGCUACCACCAGCAACCGCUCCACGUCCGUCUUCUGACACCCCUCCUUGACUUUGCCAUUCUUGUAUCCGGCGCCUAUCU